AUGAGGCGGUUGAGGAACCAGCCGGAACUGGCGGGAACCGGCUCUGGCCGGCCCAGGGCAGUCCCCCUGCGCCCAGCUCUUUCCCGCCUACACCCAACCGUAGCCCUGAAUAUGCUUCAGCCUGAUCUAUCUGAAUGUGCACCACUCCUUGUGGAGCAGAAAUUUGUGUUGAUAUAUUGUGACUAUUAUAUAAAAUUAUGCCAAAUAAAUGAAAAUACUGAUGUAAAAAGUAUGAAAGAGAAGCAAAGAGCAGUGAAAGGGAGAAUUAUUAUUGCUGGUGUGAGCCAUACUAUUUAUUUUCUAGUGAACAAGCACAAGCCCUGGAUUGAGACAUCGUACCAUGGAAUCAUAACCGAAAACAAUGACACUGUAAUUUUGGAUCCUCCACUUGUUGCUUUGGAUAAAGAUGCUCCUGUUCCAUUUGCAGGUGAAAUCUGCGCUUUUAAAAUCCAUGGACAAGAAAUGCCCUUCGAAGCUGUUGUGCUGAACAAGACGUCUGGAGAAGGUCGCAUUCGAGCCAAAAGCCCCAUUGACUGUGAGCUGCAGAAGGAAUACACCUUCAUCAUCCAGGCCUAUGACUGUGGGUCAGGACCAAGUGGAACAAACUGGAAGAAAUCUCACAAGGCAGUGGUUCAUAUCCAGGUAAAGGAUGUCAAUGAGUUUUCACCAGCUUUCAAGGAGAGCGUGUACAAGGCCACGGUGACAGAGGGAAAGAUCUACGACAGCAUCCUGCAGGUAGAAGCCAUCGACGAGGACUGCUCCCCACAGUACAGCCAGAUCUGCAACUAUGAAAUUGUAACAACUGAUGUUCCUUUUGCUAUUGACAGGAACGGUAACAUCAGAAACACUGAGAAACUGAACUAUGAUAAACAGCACCAGUAUGAGAUAAUGGUAACAGCUUUUGACUGUGGGCAAAAACAUGCAACAGAAGAUGUCUUAGUACGAGUUCAUGUCAAACCAGUGUGCAAGCCAGGCUGGCAAGACUGGAACAAACGGAUUGAAUACAGGCCUGGUUCUGGCAGCAUACCUUUGUUUCCCAGCAUUCGUCUAGAAACAUGUGAUGGGCCAGUUUCCUCAAUCCACACCACCAUUGAGCUACAGACCAACUACAUUGGAAAGGGCUGUGAUCGUGAAACCUACUCAGAAAAAUCUCUGCAGAAAUUAUGCGGAGCUUCCUCAGGUGCCAUUGACCUGUUACCAUCUCCCAGUGCAACAACUAACUGGACAGCUGGGCUUCUCGUGGAUAACAACGACAUGAUUUUUAAAUUUGAUGGAAAGCAAGGAGCAAAAAUCCCAGAUGGAAUAGUCCCAAAGAAUUUAACUGAUCAAUUCACUAUCACUCUCUGGAUGAAACACGGACCUAGCCCAGGAUUAAGAGCUGAGAAAGAGACUAUUCUCUGCAACUCUGACAAGACAGAGAUGAACCGCCACCACUACGCCCUGUACGUGCACAACUGCCGGCUGGUGUUUCUGCUGCGCAAGGACUUCGACCAGGCUGACACCUUCCGCCCCGCCGAGUUCCACUGGAAACUCGACCAG